AUGAUUACUGACGACGAACUCUACCGCCUGGCUAUCUUCCUUGGCUCGGCUGCCAUGCUCCUUGUCGUCCUCUACCACUUCCUCGAGGUCAAUGCGCGAAACAAGGAGUCUUCUGAGCAGGGAGAGAAGCGUUCUGUUCCGUCCACAUCUGCCACGUCAUCCGUCACUGGCUCGAAGAAGGAUACUGUGACCGUGGUAGGAAGUCAAGCUAUGGCAGGGAAUACGGGUGUUGUAGGGUGA